ACCGCUGCCUUCCUCCGGUGGGCGCCCGCGGCCGCUUAGGCCUGAGCGAGAGCCGACGGCGGGCGGGCGCAGCUGCAGCCUGAGCGCCGGCGGGGCUGGUGGGCCCCGCACCCUCUCUCGUCCUCGCCGCCCGCGCCCUCGGACAUGGUGGCCCCCGGCUCUGUGACCAGCCGGCUGGGCUCGGUGUUCCCCUUCCUGCUGGUCCUGGUGGACCUGCAGUACGAAGGUGCUGAAUGUGGAGUAAAUGCAGAUGUUGAGAAACAUCUUGAAUUGGGCAAGAAAUUACUUGCAGCUGGACAGCUAGCUGAUGCUUUAUCUCAGUUUCAUGCUGCAGUAGAUGGUGACCCAGAUAACUAUAUUGCUUACUAUCGGAGAGCUACUGUCUUUUUAGCUAUGGGCAAAUCAAAAGCAGCACUUCCUGAUUUAACUAAAGUGAUUGAAUUGAAGAUGGAUUUCACUGCGGCAAGAUUACAGAGAGGUCACUUAUUACUCAAACAAGGAAAACUUGAUGAAGCAGAAGAUGAUUUUAAAAAAGUGCUCAAAUCUAACCCAAGUGAAAAUGAAGAAAAGGAAGCCCAGUUGCAACUUGUGAAAUCUGAUGAAAUGCAGCGUUUGCGCUCCCAAGCACUUGAUGCUUUCGAGAACUCCGAUCAUACGGCUGCUAUAACCUUCCUUGAUAAGAUUUUAGAGGUUUGUGUUUGGGAUGCAGAACUGCGGGAACUUCGAGCUGAAUGUUUCAUAAAAGAAGGGGAACCUAGGAAAGCAAUAAGUGACUUAAAAGCUGCAUCAAAAUUGAAGAAUGAUAAUACUGAGGCUUUUUAUAAAAUUAGCACACUGUACUAUCAACUAGGAGACCACGAACUGUCCCUCAGCGAAGUUCGUGAAUGUCUUAAACUUGACCAGGAUCAUAAAAGGUGUUUUGCACACUAUAAACAAGUAAAGAAACUGAAUAAGCUAAUUGAGUCAGCUGAAGAGCUCAUCAGAGAUGGCAGAUACACAGAUGCAACCAGCAAAUAUGAAUCUGUCAUGAAAACAGAGCCAAGUGUUUCUGAAUAUACGAUUCGUUCAAAAGAAAGGAUUUGCCACUGCUUUUCUAAGGAUGAGAAGCCUGUUGAAGCUAUUCGAGUAUGUUCUGAAGUUUUACAGAUGGAACCCGACAAUGUGAAUGCUCUGAAAGAUCGAGCAGAGGCCUAUCUAAUAGAAGAAAUGUAUGAUGAAGCUAUUCAGGAUUAUGAAACUGCGCAGGAACACAAUGAAAAUGAUCAGCAGAUUCGGGAAGGUCUAGAGAAGGCACAGAGGCUAUUGAAACAGUCGCAGAAACGAGAUUAUUAUAAAAUCUUAGGAGUAAAAAGAAACGCCAAAAAGCAAGAAAUCAUUAAAGCAUACCGAAAACUAGCACUGCAGUGGCACCCAGAUAACUUCCAGAAUGAAGAAGAAAAGAAAAAAGCGGAGAAAAAGUUCAUUGACAUAGCAGCUGCUAAAGAAGUUCUCUCUGAUCCAGAAAUGAGGAAGAAGUUUGAUGACGGAGAAGAUCCGCUGGAUGCAGAGAGCCAACAAGGAGGUGGUGGCAGCCCUUUCCACAGGAGCUGGAACUCAUGGCAGGGGUUCAAUCCCUUCAGCUCAGGCGGACCUUUUAGAUUUAAAUUCCACUUCAAUUAAACCAGCUGUUUUUCUGCUCUUCUUCCUUAAGUUUUUUAAAGAUUAAAUACAAAGAAACCUUGUUCCAGGAUCCUAAUGAAAAAAAAAAUUCAAAUCUUUUAGUUUGUCCAUGACCAAAGAGUUGUUUUAAUAGGAAAAAUCGUUCUAUCCCUUUUAGACUGGAGGUUGAUGGGUCCAUGGAGGCAGGGAGGCGAAGACCAGGUCUAUCUCUGACAAAGCAGCGCCUGUAAGUGUUUGGAGGGCCUGGAAGAACGGUCUGCGGGAGCGCACCUGCGGCAGGGCUCCCGCAUGUGCCCGCACUGGAGCCCGCCGAGACUCUUCUUCCCGGCCUUGCAGAGGGCAGCAGUGCCCGCGUGGGUAAGAAGGAGCCAGGAGCCUCAUGAGAAGGGGCUGUGUUUUAGGAUUCUUAAAGAGAAUAUCAACAUUUUGAGUUGUACGUUCUUAGGGACACCUUUGCUUAGGUUCUGCUCAGUCCAGUUGCUUGCCAAUACCUGUUAAAUUACAGAGCCUCGGCCAGUCCACAUGCGUUUCCCUCUCUCUGCUGGCGUGAGCAGAGUCUGGAUGGAUGUGGAGCAUGUAUUUUAUGUCUGGUACGUUCAAGAGAACACAGAAGACCACAGACAUAGAAUUAACCGUAAAAACAUAUGGGCCCUUUUGUUUAAUAACGUGAAACAAAUUAAAAGAGAAUAUGUAACACCGGUUCAGAUAAUAGAGCAGUGGUGUCACUUAAAAUAAGCUUGAAGUGCAGAAUGUAAUACUUUAAGAACUGAAGUUGUGAGUUAGAAUUUCCUGUAACAGGACUGCCUUAGAAAUGUAAAGUUGCUCAGUUGACAGAGAAUGCCAUGUUCCCCAUUUUUAAUAAAGGCAGUGGGGCAGCUUCUCGUCCAUCCUGACCGACCCUCUUGAACUGUAGUCCCCUCACCCCCCCAUGUGGUACUGUCUGAGGCGGGCGUGAGACAGGAGACCUGCCUCUUGACCCGACCCUGAUGCCUCUGGAUGUUCUCCUGCCUAGAAAAAAAAUACACGUUUACAGAUCUAGUCAGCUCUGGCUAUAUUUCCACCAUCGCGAUGGCUCUCUUCUUGGGAUACCUUCUUAAACCUUUUAAGAAAUGAACUUAUUCAGUCUUUGUAUACUGGAUAAUUUUUUCCCUAAAAACUGAGUGUUACUUUAAUCAAGAACAUUAAAUAUUUAUGGAACUAUUGAUGCUGCAUUUAAACUCUAAUUACUUUAGAUAAGAAUUACUACCUUCAUUCUGGAAAGGUUUUUGUUUUGGCCUCAGAGCAUUUUGAUGAGUAUGGGUCUAAUAUGUUGUUUUUAUGAAAUCAGGCAUUUUAAUUUUAAUGGCGGGAGGUGUCCUGACCAUAGCAGCCAAGUACAGGGCCUUUCCUUCCGCAGUCAUCCUGAAACAGACGGGGAGAUUUCCUUAAA